CAAGAAGUUGCGCUGAUAAUCUUGCGCUUGGAGCAACCCAAGAUGGACUGUAUUACAUCGAUCCAGACGGGAACGGUAAAUUCAAGGUGUUUUGUGAUAUGAAAACAUCCGGGGGAGGAUGGACUGUGUUUCAGCGUCGUCUUGAUGGAAGCGUUGACUUCUACCGAGGAUGGCAAGAAUACAAGAAAGGAUUUGGUACACAGUAUGGUGAACAUUGGUUAGGACUGGAGAAAAUUCAUAGAAUAACUGCCAGUGAAACACACGAGCUUCGGAUUGAGCUAGAAGAUUUCGGUGGAAACAAAAGAUAUGCGUUGUACACCAAUGUAUCUGUUGCCGGCGAGAAAGACAAGUAUAGGUUAAAUGUUGGUACUUUUUCAG